AUGGAUGAAGACAUUUUAGAUUUAUCAGCUGGGUCACUCAUUGUUGAAACUCAGCCAGAUUUGAAGUUAGGGGAAAUGCCAAGAAAGAGCAGAAAGAAUGCGGUUAGACGCGACAAAGUUAGAGAUAGAUAUAGAAGAAUGCGAGAGGGGAGGAAACAGGGAAGAGACGAGGCAAGACCUACAGGAGUUACCUCUUUGAAGUAUAAACCUCAGCCUUGUACUGAUAUUAAUAGUAAUAAAAAGGACAAAGACACCAAUUCUGAAUCUGUUAUGGAGGUUUAUGAGCCAUUUAUAUCUGAUGGUUCUAUAUCACUUAUCGGAAGGGUGAUCGACCUUUUAGUCGGGUCAAUUGACAUUGGGACUACAUAUUCUGGCUGGGCAAUAUCAUUUCCUCACGAAUUUGAAUCUGACCCCACGAAAGUGUACGUGAAAAAAUGGCAUUCAGGUGACACACCGAUCUCAGAGAAAACUCCGACAGUGUUACUGAUAAAGCCAGAUGGUACGACACUGGAAGCUUUUGGUUAUGAUGCUGAAAACAGAUACAAGGAAUUGAUAGACAAAGGGGAGCAUAAACAUUACUACUACUUUCAGAAAUUUAAAAUGAAGCUUCAUAAACAACAUGGAGAGAAUAUCAGCUUGGAUAUGACACUGCAAGAUGAAAUGGGUCGUAUGUUACCAGCAAUUAAUGUAUUUUCCUUGGCAAUAAAGUUCCUCGUAGAUGAUAUGCAUAGAGAGGUUAAGGACAAAAUUUCAAUCGAGAGGUCAAAGGCUGGUAUUGCUGCAAACAAAUUGAGUAUUGCCUUUGAACCGGAAGCGGCUUCCAUUUACUAUCGUAAUCUAUCAGUUGAUGAACAUGUAGAUACUAUCGGGGUAUCUAUUGCCUCUUUUUCAGCUGGAACUAAAUACAUGGUUCUUGAUGCAGGAGGUGGAAUAAUAGACAUCACACUUCAUGAAGUCCAGACAACUGGUACUCUGAAGGAGAUAAAAGCUGCCAGUGGCGGAGCUUUUGGUGGCACUCUUGUUGACGAGGCCUUUGAACAAUUGCUCAUUGAUAUUGUUGGAGAGAAUGUUUACAGUGAAUUUAAACAUAACAAGACGGGAGACUGGCUUGACCUCUGGCGAGAAUUUGAAAAUAAGAAGAGGAACGUAAGUCCUAAAUGUUCAAAGACAAAAGGCCAACAGAAAAAGUUAGAACACAAAAAGGUUGAAAUGAAGAUUCCCUUCUCACUUUGCCAGAUCUACGAACGGAUAAACCUUAAAAGCUUAGAAAAAGCUGUUGAGUCGUCUGAGUAUUGUGAAAAUAUUCAUUUUGCUGGAGGCAAAAUAUCGUUUGGCAUAGAAGUAUUUAGGAAUCUUUUCAAUAAGUCUUUGUCCAAAAUUAUCCAACACAUCGAAGAUUUCCUCCCCAAGCAAGCUGUCUGUCACAUUAGAGCAAUUUUGAUGGUAGGUGGAUUUUCAGAGUCGCCGAUGCUGAAAAAGGAGGUGGAAUUAUUAUUUCCAAGUAUCGAUGUCAUUAUACCUGCAGAAGCUUCAUCUUCUAUAAUGAGGGGGGCGUUGAUUUUCGGUCAUAUUCCAAAAUCUAUCUCGGAACGAGUGUUGAAGUAUACAUAUGGUGUGGGCACGUGCCGUGAAUUCGUCAAAGACAAACACCCAGAGAGCAAGCUUAUCAAGACUGAUACAGGGCCUUGUUGCAAGGAUGUCUUUAGUAAGCAUAUCGAAAGAGACAAAGUUGUCAAAGUUGGCGAACCGCAGGUUAUUCUGUCCUAUUUUCCAGUGUAUAGGCAUCAAACAUUUAUUCUGUUUCAGGUAUUUGCGUCCAAGCAUAAAGAUCCGCUAUAUACAGAUGAUGACGACUGCAAAUAUGUUGGAGAAAUGUCAGUAAUGCUGCCUGAUCACGAUGGUGACUUAAGGCGUAAAGUGAAGCUUUCAUUUACUUUUAGCGGGACAGAGAUUAAAGUGACAGCCGAAGAUGAAAAAACAGGAAACGAGACUAAAACUUCACUAAACUUUCUCGGAUAG